AUGCAUUUAAGAGCUCUUAGCCGUCUAUUCGACGGCCAACAGGCCCCAAACGAAGAGGUCAUCUGUGUCAUUUUAGUUGUGAGCUGGCAACACCUUUGGAUUUCGGCCGCGGCAAAACUCUUGUAUGGGAAGACUGUGUCUACCGGGUUAACGCCUUGGAUCGGGGACAAAUAUAGGUCAGGACGUCAAUUGUCGCUGACACCCUAUGCUCCCGUUCUGCGAGAUGGUUGCCGGCUCGGCAACCAAUCGAUCUCUGUGAGCUAUAAAGUGGCCUCCAGCGAGGCCUAGCUUAUCCUUUACUUGCGGGUGCGCACGUCCAUCAUGAGCUCGGCCAAUAGAAUGCAAAACUUUCAGGCCAAGCCACAAGCCUACUUCACUAACCGCUCUCACUUCUUGCCUAUUUCCCCCCCCACCUCACCCCACCCCUCGGCAGCAUCUCCGUUGAUGAACCAACGCUCUGGUGGCCAAGGCCAAAUGACCCAUCUGUCCGGUGUAUCCGGUGCCUACCGGCCCCCGGCUUUUCCACCGGCGGCAUCCUCGACCCCUGCCCCACCCUUCCCGUCG